CCGAGUUUUGCGUAUGUCCAUACAAGUUUCAGGUUAAAUUUCCCAAUUGCUUAAUAAAAAGAGGUUUUCCACAGCCCCCCUAGGUUUUCCCGCGCGUUUUUGACAGUUGACAGUUUGUUUUUUUACGGCGAAACGGUUAUCGGUGAAACAGUGUGUGAGUGAAAUGUAGUUGAGACCUGACGGUAAAAUAAUGUUAAUGUUGUAUGUUAUGGCGGAUUACUGUGGGAUUUACAGCUGAUUUUGAGUUGAGAUGGCGUAACCUGCGCGCAAGAUGGCGGCGGUGUCGUCAGUCCACCUGGCCGACUCCAGGAUCAAGAUACAAGACCACAGCGACGAGGAGCCCUACUCUCCAAACACCAGAGACACUACCAGCCCCGAGUACCAUGACGACGAGAAACCAGACGACCGGCCUCUACACACAUCCUCUUUCUCCAUACACAAUGUACUGAAGAAAGAAAGAGACGUCAAUAGUCCAGAAAACGUGUUUUCAACUGAUAAGUUAGUACAGAAUACUCCAGGGUACGAAGACAAUCAUGACAAUUCCAGACUCUCUGAAAGCGUAAGCCCUAACAAUAUAGAGGAUGAUGAUCACACAAAUGGAUCUAGAGCAGAAAUCAGUAUAGACGAUGACAAUUCAUGCUGCAGCGAUGAUACUGUCUUGUCAGUUGGUAACGAGGCUCCUGUUUCAAGUUUUGACACGAAUAGCGAUAAGAACAGCCCAGAAACGUCACAAGGAUUGACGUCUUUUAAACACAUACAGACACACUUAAAUGCAAUAUCUCAACUAAGCCAAAAUUUGAAUAUGAAUCAGCCUUUGCUCUUACGGCCGAGUCCUAUAACACCUAACCCUUUAAUGUUCCUAAACCAGCCGUUGUUAUUCCAAAAUCCAUUAAUCAACCAGGUGGAUCUCAAAUCUGGAAUCAAUGGCCUGAACAGAAUGCCGAUUCCUCAAAACAAUAUGAACCUAAACCCGCAGCAUUACGGUUUGAACUUCGGGAUUAGGAAAAACGGGAGUCAGACUCAAGAAUUGAGGAGUACUAGAACCGAUGAGAACCGAAGACUUAACUAUAUGAGUCCGAAAUCGCCUGAUAACGAAUCCGAAAGAGACUUUAUCAAUCAGAAUUGCUUGAAGUUUAGUAUAGACAAUAUUUUAAAGGCAGAUUUUGGGAGGCGGAUAACAGAUCCACUAAAUAAGAGGAAAACGAUGAAAGCCAGGCAGUUUGAGGCGAAGACUGUACCAGUUAAAGAGGUGCCGUUGCCUUCGAAGCCAGAAGUGCUGGAGUCGAGAGUGCCGGAGGUGAAGCCGAGUGAGAAAGUGGGGGCGAUAGAUCUGUCGAAGGGAGACGACAGCGGGAGCAACCAGGGGUCUACGACAAGUACAACGGCGGGCGAGGGCCCGAUGGUGUGGCCGGCGUGGGUGUACUGUACGCGGUACAGUGACCGGCCCAGUUCCGGACGAAGUAAGUACGGGAGCCGCUCACGGGAUUCACGUCCUCGGACGAGGCGACCUAAGAAACCCCCCGGGGACGGUACCCCGACGGAUGAGAAGAGACCCCGCACCGCCUUUUCAGGACCACAGCUCGCUAGGUUAAAGCACGAGUUCGCCGAGAAUCGCUACCUGACCGAGCGCAGACGACAAGCCCUCGCCGCAGAACUGGGUCUAGCUGAAGCCCAAAUCAAGAUCUGGUUCCAGAACAAACGCGCCAAGAUCAAGAAGGCCUCGGGCCAGAGGAACCCUUUGGCUUUGCAGCUGAUGGCUCAAGGGUUGUAUAACCAUAGUACAGUGCCGCUGACGAAGGAGGAAGAGGAACUGGAGAUGAAGGCGAGGGAGCGGGAGCAACAGAAUCGACGUUAAUCUGGAAUCUUUAAGGGUUUGGUAUGGCAAACGCUUAUGUCCAUCUGAAUA